CUCUGCACAGGCCGCUGCCGAAGCUUGCGGGAAGCACGUCGCGCAUAAUGGACGAUGUUAUGUUAGGAGACAUGUGGGCGUAUGCCCCCGAUAGAUUGCAUUUGGAUAACCUGCGGCUGGCUUUCUGCACGUGGAAACACGGCUACAAUAUCAAUAUGCUAUAUAGCCAAUGCGAUGAUGUUUCUCCCAUGUUUCUGCUGGUGAAGACAACCUCAGAUACAAGUGGGCGAGUAUUUGGUGCGUACAUCACCGAGCCACUCACCAAACGUCACUCGACCAGAGGCUAUUUUGGGAGCGGAGAAUCAUUCGUAUUCUCACUCGAUCCACAUUCCCAGAAAUUCGACUGGGUAGGCACUGAGAAAAUGCGAGUCCGUGCGCUGGCCCUGGCAAAGGGCGAGUUCGUCUCGGAUGAUGGUGACGACAUCAACAAAGCCCACUCGUUCUUCACUCAGGCCAACAACGACAUGAUCAUGAUCGGGGGCGGUGACAGUGGACACGCCAUCUUAAUCAACUCCGAUCUGAGCGAAGGGUCGACAAACAAAAAUGCGACUUACACGAAUCCACCUUUUGUCGAGCAAGUACAAUUCCACAUUGCCGAUGUGGAGGUGUGGUGUCUGGCCUCAGAUGUGGGGACUAUAAUGCAACACGCCGGUGAGCACACACCUGUCUACAACCAUGGCAGUUGA